UUUAUCGCGACACUCAACGAAGAUAUCUAUAAACGGGGAUUUUGAUACGUGUGCUUGUAUAAGUGUACCUAAUUAUUGACCAGUUUACCAGAUAACUGUAUUUGUAUGGUCUGAAAUCUAGACUUAAUUGUUAUCUGUAGCUUGGACAUAAUGCCUGGAAUAACUGUCCAUACCAACAUAAAAGAAGCAGACUUACCAGAUGAUUUCGAGGAAAACAUUGCUGAAAAAGCCAGUGAAGUUCUAAAGGCACCAUUAGAGUUGAUUUAUAUAUUAGUCUCCCCUGAAAAUAGAAUGUUGAACAAUGGAAGGAAAACACCAAUGAUAUUUGUUGACAUAUCAACCAUCUUUAAAGAAAACAUCUACGACGAUUUCAACAAAAUCUUUAUACCAUUCUUUGCUUCACUUCUAGAUCUUCCGCACAACAGAGUAGUUAUAAAGUAUAUUAAUAUAUGUCCAACAGAUUUUGGAGUGGUUAGAGAGGCACCAGAAUUCAAACAUGCAGAAUUUUAUUGUUCACUAAAGCAGUAAUGUUUCAACAAAUAUAUGCAAUUUUAUAGAAAACUUCAAUUGCGUACAGAAACAUUUUGAUGUUUUGUUUUCCCAAAAAUAGUUGACAAUCAAAACCUGAUAAUAACAAAUGUUUUUAUUAUUUCUUUGAUUAAUAGUUAGUAAAUGUGUUAGAAAUUUCUUAAGACUAGUAUCAAGUCUUAGAUGAUAAUGUAGAGGAAUUUACGUUGCUAAAUGUAAUCUUGGUAAACUUGUGUCCAUUAGGUAAAUAUUUUCCAAGCUAGUACGCAAGUAUCGCUCGAUAAAACAAGCGAUUACCUGAUUAGUACACUAAUGAAUACACAACAGUGAUCCAUUCUGUUUCAGACAUUGUAAGUCGAAAAAAGCAAUAUUAAAUAAUAAGACAUGGAUCUUAUUAUUUUUUAUUUCUAUUGACUCCAUAACCAAUAUUAAUGAAUGAGUACACACGAAACCACAUUAAACUAUUGUCCGCAACAUAUGCCUGUUUAAAGUCAAUAAAAUCGUCAGUAGUUGUCUUAUAUUGUCAUGAUGUGUGAUGGUCUUUUAGGAUAUUUGUUGUUGAUUUGUGACAUAUUUUUUAGAUACGAAC